AGCAAAAAAGCUUUCGUCGAGGACUCUUCUCGUCUCGUCUCGUCUCGUCUCGUCUCCACCGAAUCCUCUCCUCUCUCCGUCUCUCCGUUCGAGAUCAUCACCGUUCGCCGCCGCGGGAGACUCCGAUUUUUAUUGUUUUCGUUGUUGUUCCCGCCGUGGGAUCGCCGGCGUCGGCCGCCGUUCGCUCCGAUUUCGUGGACUCUCUUUUUCCGCCCCGCCGCCCCUCCAUGGAAACGCCGGAGAAGCGAGUCGCCGGAAUCGCCCUGGAUUUCCCGGCCACCGAUGGGGCCGCCUCCUACUCCUGGCCUCCCAGGAUGCCGAGGUGGCUCCGGCGGAGGCUCCUCGCCGAGUGCAGUAAGUCUCCCGUUUCCGUGGAGGAAAUCGAGGCCAAGCUUCGCGAUGCCGACCUUCGUCGACAGCAAUUCUAUGAGAAAUUGUCAAGCAAGGCUCGCCCAAAGCAGAGAAGCCCCUCUCGAGCCUCCUCCAACGAGGAAGAUCUGGGUCAUCGACUGGAAGCCAAGCUUCAAGCUGCUGAGCAGAAGAGGUUGAGCAUGUUAGCUGAGGCUCAAAUGCGCCUUGCUAAGUUGGAUGAGAUUAGGCAGGCAGCCAAAAAUGGGGUGCAGCUGCGUCUAGAAAUGAAGCGAGAAAAGCUUGGCUCAAAAGUCGAAUGCCGAUUUCAGCAGGCACAGGUGAAUAGGAUGCUUAUUCUAAAGGCAUAUAAACAAAGAAGGGCUACUAUAAGGGAGAGGUCAUCCCAAUCAUUGUUGCGGAGGAUGGCGCGUGAGAGCAAGUAUAAGGAGCGCGUACGUGCUGCAAUCAACCAAAAGCGAGCGGCUGCAGAGAAGAAGCGUUUGAGAUUGUUGGAAGCAGAGAGGAAGAGAGCACGUGCUAGAGUAUUACAAGUGCGCAAUGUAGCAAAGUCAGUGUCUCACCAACGCGAGGUUGAAAGGAAGAAAUUGCAGGACCACCUGGAAGAUCGGCUGCAAAGGGCCAAGAGACAAAGAGCAGAGUAUCUGAGACAGAGAGGAAAGCUGCGUGACUUUGUUAAACCGAGCCGGAGCAUAAUGCUUAAGCAGGCCGAUCUCCUUUCCCGGAAAUUGGCAAGGUGCUGGAGGCGUUUCCUCAAAGUCAGGAGGACAACUUUCGACUUGGCAAAAGCAUACAACAUGCUUGGGAUCAACGAGACACAUGUGAACUCGAUGCCAUUUGAACAGCUAGCUAUGCUUAUUGAAUCUUCUGAUACCAUUCAUGCAGUUAAAGCCUUACUUGACCGGUUUGAGAGCCGGUUAAGAGUCUCUGGGUCCAUUGCUGCUACCAACCAGAGGUCCAGUGUGGGUAAUAUAGAUCACCUUCUCAAACGAGUGGCUACACCUCGGAAGAGAUCCAGUGAUAGGGUUUCAGCUAGGGGCAAAGAGUCUAAGAAAAUAGGGUCUAGUAGGGAGGUAGCGAAAGGCCCAGCCAAACUAUCAAGAUAUCCAGUGAGAGUAGUUCUCUGUGCGUACAUGAUAUUGGGCCAUCCGGAUGCGGUGUUUAGUGGUCAGGGAGAGCGUGAGAUAGCCCUUGCUAUGUCAGCCCGAGGAUUCGUUCGAGAAUUGGAGCUGUUGAUAAAGAUCAUAUUGGAUGGACCGAUACAGAGUUCAGAUGAGGAGUCUGACUCUGCCUUGCCAAAGCGUUGGACCUUUAGAUCUCAGCUUGCGGCUUUUGACAAAGCUUGGUGUGCUUAUUUGAAUAACUUUGUGAUAUGGAAGGUCAGGGAUGCAAAGUUACUGGAGGAUGAUUUGGUAAGAGCAGCUUGCCAGCUUGAGCUGUCUAUGCUGCAAACCUGUAAGUUAUCUACAGAAGGAGAAACUGGUGUGCUUACUCAUGACAUGAAGGCUAUUCAGAAACAGGUUUUUGAAGAUCAAAAACUUCUGAGGGAAAAGAUACAGCAUCUGGGUGGGGAUGCUGGGAUUGAGAGGAUGGAAUGUGCUCUUUCUGAAACACGAAGCAAGUACUUUCAAGCUACAGAGGAGGGCAGUCCAUCAGGUUCACCAAUGACCAAUGUUUUUUCUCCAGGCUCUGCAAGCUCCUCUGAUGGUUCCUCCAUUGCAAGCAAUGAGAGAAGGAAAUUGAGUGAGGAUGUUGAGAAGCCAAACCGUGUUGUUCGAUCUUUAUUUAGAGAAGAUGUAACUCCUUUGCCAAAUGAGUUUGGUUCGUUAUCACUGGAAUCUGAUGGUCGGACAGGGACUUCUGGCAUACAACUGGCGAAUGAGAAUGAAGUGAUUGUGAAUGCAUUACUCCAUGAGCAGCGUCCUGUUCUUCUAAAUGGUUUCAGCACUAAAAGUGACAAUGAAAAUUCGAUUAAGGGAAAAAUUAGACAGGCAAUGGAAAAGGCUUUUUGGGAUGGCGUCGUGGAGUCCAUCGAAGGAAAUGACCCUCAGUAUGAUCGUGUUGUUCAGCUUAUGAUGGAGAUGAGAGAUGAAAUUUGCGAUAUUGCUCCACAAAGCUGGAAGGAAGAGAUCACUGAAGCAAUUGAUUUGGACAUUCUCUCUCAGGUUUUGAAGUCUGGUAACCUGGACAUUGAUUACCUGGCAAAGAUUUUAGUGUUUGCAUUGGCUACUGUGCAAAAGCUCUCUUCUCCAGCUAAUGAUGAUAAACUGAAGACCAGUCACCAGCAGUUACUGAAAGAACUAGCUGAGAUAUGUGAAGAAAGAAAUGACUCAGAGAAUUCACAUGCCAUCGCUAUGAUAAAGGGUCUGCGAUUUGUUCUGGAACAGAUUCAGGCAUUAAAGCUUGAGAUUAGCCAAGCUCGCAUCAAAAUGAUGGAACCUAUACUGAAGGGACCUGCUGGAUACGAUUACCUGAGAACUGCUUUCUCUAGUCGUCAUGGACAACCUUCAGAAGCCCUCACAGCUCUGCCAGCUGCUGUGCAAUGGCUCUCAUCUCUUAAGAAUUACGUUGACCAGGAGUGGAAUGAGCACACUACGUCUCUCUCAUCAUUGUUGAGCCAGGAGAGUUUAUCUCAAGGCUAUACGCCUCCCACAACCCUCAGAACUGGGGGAAGCUUUCUGGUGAAUACAAAUGGCAAUCAAACUUCUCUUCUACCCGGUGAUUCAGGAGACAAGACAGGGAAUCAAAUCCAGGAGUGUAAAGGAGAAAGAGUUGACCUGUUUGUUAGAAUUGGCCUGUUAAAGCUGGUCAGUCGAGUAUCUGCUCUAACGCAUGAUGCCUUGCCAGAGACUUUCGUGCUUAACCUCCCCAGGUUAAGGGCUGUUCAGGCUCAAAUGCAGAAGAUCGUGGUAAUUUCUACGAGCAUUCUUGUUUGCCGACAAACACUCCUCAGCGAGCGAGUAGUAACGAGUGCGACAGACAUGGAAGGCAUAUUAUCAGACUGCAUUCAGAAAGUGACGGAGCUUUUGGACCGUGCUGAAGAUGUGGGUAUUGAAGAGAUUGUUGAGAUUUUGAGCAAGUUUCCAGUGAAUGGUGAAGAAGCUGUGGAUACCCAGAGUCACCAAUCAAGGAAAGUGGUCAUGGCUAGAAUGCUGGCAAAGAGCUUGCAGGCCGGGGAUCCUGUUUUUGAGAGGGUCUCGCAUGCUGUUUAUCUUGCUGCGAGAGCGGUCGUGCUUGGGGGAAACGCUCCCAUUGCAAAGAAAUUGGCGGAAACGGCAUUGCGGCCAAUUGGUGCAGUGGUGUUGGCUCCAAGGGUGGUCGAAGCAGCUGAAGUUUUAGCAGUUGCGGCCUCUGUGUCGGUGCGUGUUCAUGGACCGUGGUAUGGUUGUAUUGUGGAUAGCGUGUAGUUGGUUUGUGUAAAGAAGGGAGCAUAGGGGACGAUGCUGGAAAUGCACACCACUGUAAAUAAGCAAAGCCAUUUAUGCUUAUUUCUGUACAGCUUCUUAUGUCAUAAACUGUGCUCAUUAGGUGGAUAGAAUACUGUCAGGGGGUUUCGACUGUAAAUAGGAUUUUAGCGUGUUAUUUUUAGUCGGAGUCUGAAACUUCGCGACAGAAAAUUGGGGAUGUUGGUCAUAUUCUUCAAGUAUUCUCUGUUUUUCGUAA